ACGCAAGCGCAGCAGCCGGGCAGCGGACGCCGCCGGCAGGAUGGUCCUGGACAGCGUGGCCCGCAUCGUGAAGGUGCAGCUGCCCGCCUACCUCAAGCAGCUCCCGCUCCCCGACAGCAUUACCGGGUUCGCCCGCCUCACAGUUGCAGAAUGGCUCCGCUUACUGCCCUUCCUUGGUGUACUUGCACUCCUCGGCUACCUUGCAGUUCGUCCAUUCUUCCCGAAGAAGAAGCAACAGAAGGAUAGCUUGAUUAACCUUAAGAUACAGAAAGAAAAUCCCAAAGUGGUGAACGAAAUAAACAUUGAAGACCUGAAUCUUACGAAAGCAGCUUAUUGUAGGUGUUGGCGCUCCAAGACGUUCCCUGCCUGUGACGGGUCCCACAAUAAGCACAAUGAGUUGACAGGCGAUAACGUGGGUCCUCUCAUCCUGAGGAAGAAAGAAGUAUAGCAGUAGCCACGGAGACGAACCUCUGGCAACGUUUCCGCCCUUGUUGUGCAUAGAAAAAGAUCUUUGCAAGUUUUAACUAUUGGUACUGGCUGAAUAAUUAUUCUGCCAGUUAUUUUCUUGCUACACUACUGCUUAUAUUUGGUACUUUAUAUAUUCAGUCAUUUGUACAGAAAUCAAAUGGUCAAGUCUGAUUCUGAAAUCAAGUUUAAUGUGUCUUUCAACAAUAAAGUCAGCACUUCAAAUUUUAAUUAAUUGGGAAUUUAAAGUUUGACUGUGGGGCAAAAGUUAUUUCUUUGCAUAUCAGCAUUUCAACAGAAUGUAUAUUUAAAAAGAAAAUUCUCCCUUGUUCUGUUAAAUGUAUCUUCUUCAUAUUGUCAUGCUUUGCUCAUUUGAAGUCAUUUGCCAUUUUUUGGCUUUCUGUGGAACUCUCCUGCUUUUAGAAGAAUUGUGGUAAAUAUUGCCAUCAAGAAUACUUUGAGGCAUAAAACCCCUUGUUUUAUCUUAUUACAAUGAUUAUUCCAAUUUCUAAAGAGUAAAUUUUCAGUGAGAAACAACUAUUUUCAUCAUAAAAAUGAUUCACCUUACAAAAGCUUUGUUGUGCGUGCGUGCGUGCGUGCGUGCGUGCGUGUGUGCGGUGCCUAACUCGGUGACUGCUGGGUGGCAAGAGCACUUAUGAGCUACAGUUUGAAGAUCACUUAGAUAUAAAGCAUAUCUGAAUUUGCAUUAAGAUGAUGCAUAGUUCAUUGCCCAAAAUUGUUUUAUCUUUUGUGUAGUUAAUUAUAGAGAAAUGACAACAGGGUAUUAAGUUACUUGUACUCCAGUGGAUUGAAUUUGUACAUACUGAGGGAAAAUAUUUUGAUCUUUUUUUAAAAAGAGAUAACUUCUUUAUUGUAUUUUUUUAACUUCACAAAAUAUAGAUAAAACACUUGUGUAUGCAUGAUGGCAGAAAAAGUCUGGAAAGAAGGACGUAUGACAGUAUAAUCGGCCCGCACAGAUAAGGACGAGGACUUAGCAAGGGUUACUGCUUUUACUUUCUAUUUCUCUCUUGUUCCUCUCCAACAAACAUUUCUAUACCUUUAAUAGUUUUUUUAAGUUGAGGCUUUGAAUAAAAUUGUCAUGGCACAGUUAGGCUCUUCAGGCCCAUAUGAUGAGACCUUUGAUUGAUUGUCUGAAGAUAGAGUGGAGUCAGCAUUACAGCAAGCAUAAUCACAAAUGGAUUAGACCUCGGCUGUGCACGGAAAGGAAGCCACACCUGUGUUACACGGCAAAUACUGAAAAAAAACAAAAAACAAACACUCAUUUUACUUUCCAGCUCCUAAGUGAAUGAUACGUCAAGGGUAUAUAUAGGAUAUAGAAAGAAGGUGAGGUUUACAAAGUAAUUCAGCUCUGACACAGAACCACAUUUCCUCCAGAAACAGAGUAAAAGCAAGACAGUUAGAUUUGGGGACCCUCAUUUGUGAAGGCUGCUGGGUUAGGUGGGCCAUCUCCAGGAUUCCUUAUUUACUCAACGAGCACAUAGUGAGCCGGUGCCACAUGCAGUCUGUGUGUUCUCUUUUUUUUUGGGUUUUUUUUUUUUUUUUUUUUUGGAGCUAGGGACUGAACCCAGGGCCUUGCGCUUCCUAGGCAAGCACUCUACCACUGAGCUAAAUCCCCAACUCGUGUUCUCUUUCUUUAGCUACCAUAUCUAGCAGUUUGAGAAAGACUAGUGACGGCAAGCUGAAAAUGAUUACGAGUCAACUUGUCACAUAAUUAAGUUACACUGACACAUUUUAUAGUCUUAGUUUGUGUAUUGUGAAGUGUACAUGUUAAAGCAAAUAGAUAUGUUUUAGAAAGACUUAUUUCAUGUGUGUGAGUGUGUGAGAGUGUGUGUGUGUGUGUGUGUGUGUGUGUGCGUGCAUCAUGCACAUGCCUGGUGCCCGAGGAACCCAGAGAGAAUGCUGGAUCCCCUGGAACUGGAACUAACAGACAGUUGUGAGCCACCCUGUGGGUGCUGGGAACUGAACCCUGGUCUUCUACAAGAACAGCCAGUGCUAUUAACAACUGAGCCAUCUCUCUAACCCUGUAAAACCUUUAAUAAAAGAGGCUGUGAUUGGUUUGAAGUAACAGCUGAAGUGUGGAAGGAAUCGUAUAAUAUUACGGAAGGUAAAAGUGGUACAGUUGUGUUUGUCUGCUCACUUACUCUCGUGGUACUAAGGGUGGAACCCAGGGCCUCACACAUUCUGGUAAUAGCCCUUUACACUGAACUCCAUCUUGUGUCGUAUCUUUUUAAUAGUAUACACCAUUGAAACAAAAUACAAAAAGGUUUUCCAUAUAGGUUUACUGGAAUUUUUGAAUUAUUUGUAAUUUUAGCCUACUAUCAGAAGUCUUUUUAGUUUUAUUUUACACAUCUCAUGUAAUAGCUAUCCUUAAAAUAUUAAAGAUAUCACCCACUUGGUUCA